GAGAAGGUGACGCGUUCCUUCGAUCGGAAUAGUUUGUAUUUAUUUCCUCCCUUUUCUCGAACGUGCUUGCGUAUGCACCCCUGACGCCUGGGGAUCAUUAUCCUGGUCUUGUACUUAAGCUUGAACCUAAGCAGCAUAGUCUUUGUGACAAUCCCUAGGCGCCCGCCAAGCCUCAAAUCGUUCAUCUUUCAUUGGGACCAUCAUAUGGGUCGCCCGGUAAAACUAUUUGUCUACGAUCUUAGUCGUGGCAUGGCUCGUGCCAUGUCCCCUCUAACUGGAGGCCAGAUUGAUGGGAUAUGGCAUACGUCCGUCGUUGCCUUUGGCAAGGAAAUACAUUAUGGACCAGGGAUAGUUACCUCUGCUCCUGGCACGACAUUUCUUGGGUCGCCUCUUCAUGUAUAUGAUAUGGGCGAGACAGAAAUAGACCAGGCUACAUAUGAUGACUAUAUCGAUGAACUAAGGGCCACUAUACAGCCGAGAAGCUUCACGAACGACGUGGUUGGUUUCCUCACAGGAGGGACCAUCCCCGCUCACAUCAGAGAAUUGCCUGCUCAGUUCCUUUCCACUCCCUUGGGUCAACAAAUGCGCCCCAUGAUUGAUAGCAUGUAUCGUUCGCGCUCACCGAGCGCCGUUGGGGUCUCACCUCCCCAGACUGUUGGCUCUUCGCUAUUACAAAAUGUUGCUGCUCGAGCCGUGUCUGGACCUGCUGCUGCAGGGACGCAACCGAGUCUAUCGUCACUUAGCUCUCACCUACUUGUCUCAACAAAUUUAGCAUCAUUUGAGUCUAUAUUGGAGAAGCAUAGAGGCGUUAUUGCACUAUUUGUACAGAACUUGCCUUCUGAGAAGAAGCUAGAAGUUGCCUUCGAAGCUCUUGCCAAGGAGAAGGCCAAUUUGAACAGGGUUGCUUUUGUCAGCGUUGAUGCCAGUGUUGGCAAUGCCAAGGACGUUAUAAAGAAGUGGAAUGUCGGGAACAUUCCUAGCGUCCUGUGCCUUCUGAAAGGAGAGAAGAUAUCGGAGUCGGCUUUGCCUAGCAUAGCGGAGCUCAGGGCGCCCGUCGAAGGUUUCCUGAAUACAGCCUUCCCUCCACACCCUCAUAGAAGCCUUGAAUUGCCUGCAACCCGAGCGAUCUCCCUAUCUCCUAUCCUUUUCUCCCAAGUCCCUACCUCUAUUGACGUUCCUAUCACGCGCCUCACGUCUAUAAUUGAUGCCAAAUCUAAUCGUCCGGCCGCUGUCAUCAAGGCCAAAUCCACUCUCACCUCCUCUUUUUCCGCCUUCCUCAAGCAACGUUUCCCUCCCGGAACGUCAGCCACGUCCAAAUCACACGUCGACGUUCCCGUCACCACAAAGCAAGUGAAGGAAUGGUCGGAAAUGACAAGUGCGCUCGCAGACACCAUUCCACCCGUUGGACUCUUCCCCCUCGUUGAUCUCUGGCGUCUUGCCGUCCUUGAUAACAGACUUGCGUCGACGAACGCUCCGGCGGUCUUACAAAAGAAAAUUUCAGGGUACAUCGAUAAAUCGACGAAUCCUGGCUCUCUUUCUGACGUCCCUAAACCUGUAUUACUCACCAUCCUCCGUCUCGCUGCCAACACAUUUGCCUUUCCCAACGCCGCAACAGCCUCUCGUGAGAAAUCCAUCGCGAUUCCUGUGUUGGUCGCAGGGCUGUUGCAUAGCGAUUCUUCGGUACGAAGUUCCGCUGCGAGCGUUGCAUUUAAUAUCGCGGCUGCGAGACACGCGAGUGUGAAGGAUUCUGAUGCGUAUUGGGAUGAGCUGGCGAGAAGGGAGGUGGAUGGAAGUGGAGCGGAGGACGCUGAGCUGGCUUGUGCUUUGCUUGAGGCUAUUGAGAGGGAGAAGGAAAGCGAGGAUGUUGUUCAUCGGCUCGUCGCUUCCCUUGCUCUCUUGGUGUAUUUGUCUCCAUCUUACUCGCCGGAUAGCAACGAGGUGGGCGACAUGCUAGAGGUGUUGGACGCCAAGCAGAAGAUUCUUUCCAAGCUUGAACCAUCUGGUUUUGGUGCUGAAGAUUCAUCGACUGGCAUCAGCAAGCAGGAAGUGCGAAAGUUGGUCGAGGAGGUUGGAGGCGCUUUAUGUCCUUGAAUGAGAUUCAGGACGUGAUGACGUAUGACUGGUGUUCACAAUGGCACUCCCCUGUUCUGUAAAUUGGUUAGGAUCGUUACGUACAUGCAUUCUUUGGAUGGAUUGACACAUCGCCAUGGCGUUAUACUCUAAUUGGUAAUUUUUUCUUGUCCGCCUAGAAAAAUGUCCUCAAAUUUAAAAAAAAAAGAAUAUCAGUCCAACGGUGGUGCA